CGGGAGAGCGGCCUCCAGAUUAUUUUAUUCUAGUGAAGUGACGCGCCUUCCUGAAUGCUUCUGCUGAAGUAUCAAUUAACCGCGAAUUGCAUUAUUACCCUGGUAGAUUACAAUGUAUUUGUAGUAAUAAACUGUGGGAUUUCAGCCUUAAGUCUGUCGUUCAUAAUUUAGUAGUCAUUUGGCAGUUCAGCGUUGCUGAUCACGAAGCUUACAAGCAAAAUGGAUACAACAAAAUUAUUCGGAGGCGAUUGUGUGGCAUACGAAGUUUCCAGUGAGACACAAACAACAAUUAUAGGCCAAUUUUUGAUCACAAUCAAGUGCUUCUUCAGAAUGUUUACAUGCGUAGCAGGCGAUUUUCUAUUGUACAUAUUUUGGCGAGCAUUUAAAUGCCGCUCGGCGAAGGAUAUCAGUGAUCAAGUUGCACUUGUCACUGGAGGAGGAAAUGGAUUGGGAAGAGCUAUAGCUCUAAGAUUGGCUAAAGAAAAGUGCCAUCUGGCGAUUGUGGACAUGGACAUUGAGGCUGCCGAGAAGACUGCCGCUGAUGUGCUAUCUCUUGGGGUGAAGGCAAAAGCUUACAAGGUUGAUGUGUCUAAUUAUGAGCAUUUAGUGAACCUCAAGAGUGAAAUUACAAAAGAUCUCGGAUGCGUCAGUAUUCUGGUGAACAAUGCUGCCCUUGUGGCUUUAGUUCCCAUGUGCAACACUCCCAAGGAUCGCAUUCAACGAUUGAUCGAUGUGAACAUCUCCUCGCAGAUCUGGACCAUUAAAAUAUUCCUAGAUAACAUGAUUGAUCGAGGAAAAGGUCACAUAGUUCAAAUAUGCUCUAUUUAUGGAUUAAUUCAGGGCAAAAGCACAAUGUAUUCCAUGUCUAAACACGCAAUUCAUGCCUUCGUGUCUUGUUUGAGAGAAGAAAUCUAUUCAAAUAAGUGGCAGGACAAGAUUAAAAUAACAUGCGUUUAUCCAUUCUUCAUCGCAACCCGGAAAGAGCUCACAGAUCUAUUUCAAAAAGAUUCUGUGAUUAUUAACUCACCAGAUUAUGCAGCAGAUGAGAUUGUACGCGCAAUUAAGAAUGAAGAAGAAUGCAUCUCUAUUCCGAAAGGAUAUUAUACUCUCAUGAGAAUGUUUUCAUUGUUUCCUUCAAGAUCUAUAAGGAAAUUCUACUCAAGUACUUUUGGAGAGGGAAACUCUGUAUUUUAAUGGGCGAGACAAGUCAAGACAAUCAGCAGUAUCAUUUUUUAUUGUUUAAAUACACAUGUGCAACUUGAUAUGUCAAAUGAUU